AUGGCAGAAAAACUUGAUAUAAAUACACUUACAAAAGCAAGAGCAUCUUCUGCCGAAAAAUUCCAUGGUGGCGGAUAUGCAACUAGAACUUGA